AUGGCAGUAAUUUACAAAAAAAGUGAUUGCUUGUUGAUUGAUCAUAGAAACUUUAUUACGAAUGUGUACAAAAGUACAGUAGUAAACGAUAAUGAAACAGUUUCAUUUAGUUUAUUAUCAAAAUUAUUCUCUAUUUUAAAUAUAGCCCAUAAACAGAGCAGAAAAAGACCGCGUAAUUCUGAUAAUUUGCAUGAAGAGACAGUGAAAGUUAAAGCAGCAUAUGAGAGAUUCUUAUUAGAAAUUCCAGGAGAUAUAAAAGAUAGUCUAGUGAGUACAUACAAAUUACUAGAAACAUCGGAUGUUAGAGACCUUUCCAAAGAACUAUUUGAAACUACACUCUUUGACUUCAUGGGCAUAAAAGGUGGUAAUAAUGGUGACACAUCACUGAAAUGUAGAAUAAAGGAGCAUAACUUCUUAAUACCAUCUAACUCAAGGUUUUACUGUGGGUGUGUAAAAGAACAAUGCCUGAAAUUAGAUGGCAAUAAAUUCGACAUAGUAGUAGCCGAUCCUCCUUGGUGGAACAAGUACAUAAGAAGGCUGAAGAAUGCUAAUGAAAAGUUAAGUUACUCAAUGAUGUAUAACGAAGACAUAGCAGCAAUACCAUUACAGAACCUCUUUGCUGAAAACUGCCUGGUGGCAGUAUGGUGUACAAAUGCACCUAGCAAUGUUGCCGCUGUCAAAAAUAUAAUAUUCCCAAAAUGGGGAGUGGCAUAUAUGGGUACUUGGUACUGGAUGAAGGUUACAGUGGAUUUGCAGCCGCUGUGCAGUUUUGGUGCUGGUUGUGAGAAGCAGCCAUAUGAGAGGAUUUUAUUGGGAAAAGUUGGGGAAGUAAAUGAUAUACCAGAUGGGCAGGUGGUGGUCAGUGUGCCCAGUGCCUUGCACUCACAGAAACCGCCAUUGUUAAAUAUUCUGUCGCCAUUUGUAAAGACAGAAAACCCUCAAACCUUAGAACUGUUCGCGAGGUACCUCCUACCGAAUACCACGAGUGUGGGGUACGAACCAUUGAAAUGGCAACACGAAUCCUUGUAUGAAGAAGUUACGUGA